ACAUUCCUUCCCGUCACCUGAUUGGCUGCUAAGUCGACAGCAGCGUUUUCAAGCGUCGUGGAGAAAAGGAGCGGCGGUUAAGUGGCUUGAGUGGCUUCCCCUUUUCACAGCAAAAUGUGCCGAUUAGUUCAGAGGAAUUUUACGAAACAUUGACAUCCGCAUAUGUUUGUGCGGCCCUGAACUGUUCAAACCACAAGGCGGUCUUCCCACUUCACUUUGUGUCGCGACAGCCACUUCCGCUUUGCCACAGUUGGUGGGCGAUAAUGGCCGCGAAGCUUCCUUUCUUCGCGUUGCUCUUGACCGUCUGUUGCCCCGCGGCGUCGGGCUCCAAGCAGCCGCACAUCGUGUUCAUCCUGGCGGACGACUUGGGCUGGUACGACGUGGGCUACCACGGCUCGGAGAUCAACACGCCUCACCUGGACAAGCUGUCGGCCGCGGGGGUCCGCUUGGAAAACUACUACGUCCAGCCGCUUUGCACCCCGUCCAGGAAUCAGCUCAUGACCGGCCGCUACCAGAUCCACACGGGCAUGCAGCACCAGAUUAUUUGGCCGUGUCAGCCGUACUGCGUGCCGCUGGACGAGACGUUCCUGCCCGAGCUGUUGUCCGAGGCGGGCUACGCCACGCACAUGGUGGGCAAGUGGCACCUGGGCAUGUACAAAAAGGACUGCCUGCCCACGCGCCGCGGCUUCCACUCCUUCUUUGGCUACCUGACAGGCAGCGAGGACUACUACACUCACAUCCGCUGUAGCCCCAUCGCUGCCCUCAACUCGAGCCGCUGCGCUUUGGACCUGCGGGAGGAGGAAGCGGCCGCACCGGGAUACAAAGGCGCUUAUUCCACUGAGCUGUUCAGCCAGAGGGCCGUCCGGAUCAUCGCCAAACACGACCCCAAAAAGCCUCUCUUCCUCUACGUGGCGCUGCAGGCCGUGCAUUCGCCCCUACAGGUGCCCGAGCGCUACGUGGCGCCCUACGCCUUCAUCCGCGACCCGAGUCGCCGGGCGUACGCCGGCAUGGUGGCGGCCAUGGACGAGGCGGUGGGCAACAUCAGCCUGGCCUUGCGCCAGGCCGGACUUUGGGCCAACACUGUCCUGGUCUUCUCCACAGAUAACGGCGGCCAGACGCUUGAAGGGGCCAGCAACUGGCCGCUGCGAGGCAGGAAGUGGUCGCUGUGGGAGGGAGGAGUCCGCGGGGUGGGAUUCGUAUCUGGCCCGCUCCUCCAGCGGCCGGCCAGCGCCAGCCGGGAGCUCGUCCACGUCUCCGAUUGGUUGCCCACGCUGGUGGGACUGGCGGGGGGCCGCCUCAACGCCACCAAGCCUCUAGAUGGAUUCGACGUUUGGAACACUAUCAGCAAAGGCUUUGCCUCGCCCAGACUGGAGCUGCUGCACAACAUUGACCCAAUGUACAACGAUAUCGCCCCGUGUCCCGGCUCGAAGCGUCUGCGAGCGUUCGAUGGCGACGCAGGAGUCUUCCGGUCCGGCUUCAACGUGUCUGUCCACGCCGCCAUCAGAUCCUCAAACUGGAAGCUGCUCACGGGAUACCCAGGUUGCGACGUUUGGUUCCCGCGACCCGGCCAAAACGGGUCCUCUCCGGGGGCCUCGGAGCCCCUGAAGCCCGUGAUGCUAUUCGACGUGCUCAAGGACCCCGAGGAGAGGAACGAGGUGUCAGCUCUUUACCCCGCCGUGGUCGAGCGCCUCCUGGGCCGCCUGAGCCACCACCAGCAGAGCGCCCUGCCCGUCCACUUCCCCGACGAGGACCCGCGCUGCGACCCGGGCCCCACUGGAGCCUGGGGACCCUGGGCCUAAAAUGGUCAGAGGGAUGGUGAUUGACACCCACUUCUUGGACAUUUUUCCUGGGACAUAUUUGCAAUCUCAUGUAUUAUCAGAGCUGCAUUGCACUGUUGCCAAAGGGGUUAGCACGCUAUUUGUGGUCAGUGGGUCAGGAAUUUGGCUUGGAGUUCUACUUGCAAACCAGGAAUUUGUUGGAGAAUCUCAUUUUCCUUGGGCGUUUUGAACCUUGACCCCUUGACGGUUGACUUCUCCAAAUAAGACGCCCCUCCCCCCAAGCCCUCAUGCAGGGCCAGCGACCUUUGAACUGUCGCGUCAAUAGGAGAAGACCAACAAAAAUCUUUUAAGAAGCCAGUCCAGAAGAGAGAAAUUCUGCCCUCCAGAUCGCCUCCGCUUUGGCAAAAAAAAAAAAAAAAAAAAAACACAAAGUAGACAUACUUGAUUUGGUUUAGUGGGCCACAAAAUGAUUUUGGAGCCCUUCAGAAUGUCAGCUAUCCACUCAGCUGUUAGCCUCCCCGAUCAAAAGGUUAAGACUCGGAUUGAAACAGAGAUGGCUGCCUCGCAGAGCCGGAUGACAACAGGGAAGCACUCAGCUGCUUUCAGAUAUUCAAGUCAUCCUUUUGUAGAGCUGAAAGGAAAUAUGCUUACAUACAAAAUAGAAUAUAGCAUGGAAAGAGCAUGGUAUAUUCAUAGUAUUUAUUCAAUUGUUAUAUUUUUUUCAAU